AGCUACAGAUUACAAAAAUAAACGUCAUAUCUUCUUCUUCUGCGUAUUAUAACCAAAAAAUUUAAAACAUAACCUUUAAAUAUCGACCAAAAACAUUGAAAAUGGUUAUUGCAAUCGGAUUUGAAGGCAGUGCCAAUAAAAUAGGCAUUGGCCUAGUACAAGAUGGCAAAGUAUUGUCGAACUGUCGAAGAACAUACAUAACACCACCCGGUGAAGGAUUUUUACCAAAAGAGACGGCACAACAUCACAGGAAAGUUGUUUUGACGGUGCUUAAAGAAGCUUUGGAGCAAUCCGGUAUUGAAAUUAAGGAUAUCGAUGUGGUGUGCUACACUAAAGGACCUGGAAUGGGUGCUCCAUUGUCUACUGUGGCUAUUGUUGCAAGAACGGUGGCUCAACUCUGGAACAAACCUUUAUUGGGGGUUAAUCACUGUAUAGGACAUAUUGAAAUGGGAAGACUUAUUACAGGAGCAAAGAAUCCCACCGUUCUUUAUGUCAGUGGAGGUAACACCCAAGUUAUAGCUUAUGCAAGAAAAAGAUAUAGGAUUUUUGGUGAAACUAUAGACAUAGCAGUAGGAAAUUGUUUAGAUAGGUUUGCUAGGGUUCUAAAACUGUCCAAUGAUCCAAGUCCUGGUUACAAUAUUGAACAAGCUGCUAAAAAAGGACAAAAAUACUUGUCUUUACCAUACUGUGUCAAGGGUAUGGAUGUAAGUUUUUCAGGAAUUCUGAGUUACAUGGAACAACACACUGAAAAACUAUUGAAAGAAGGUUACACACCAGAAGAUCUUUGUUAUUCACUACAAGAAACAAUUUUUGCAAUGCUUGUUGAAACAACAGAAAGGGCCUUAGCACAUUGUGGCUCCAAUGAAGUUCUUAUAGUUGGAGGUGUGGGUUGCAAUGAAAGGUUACAAGAAAUGAUGGGAACAAUGUGUAAAGAACGAGAUGCAAAACUGUUUGCCACUGAUGAAAGAUUUUGUAUUGAUAAUGGGGUAAUGAUUGCUCAUGCAGGGUGGGAAAUGUUUAAAUCAGGAACAAGAAUGAGGUGGGAAGACACUUUUAUCACACAAAGAUUCAGAACUGAUGAAGUCGAGACAACCUGGAGGGAUGAUUGAUUUCUUGUUGUAUUAUAUUUUCUAAGUAUUGUUUUAUAAAUGUAUA